AUGGCUUCUAUCUCCUCGCUGUCCCAGUCUUCUCAAGCUGCUGCAGCUUCUUUCUCUCCUGGUUGUCGUCGGUUACGGAGCCGGCGGUCCACGCCGGCGGCUCAAGUCUUCUGCUCUGCGGAGCGGCAGGCUCUAUUUAGUCGCAUUGCUCCCGUGUACGACGACGUAAGCUCCCGCACAUCUCUUUUUCUCCUUCGAGCUUCGGUGGACUGAGACGAGGCUUCCGGCGGAUACAUUCCUGUUCGCAGUUGAACGAUCUGUUGAGCCUGGGCCUGCAUCGCGUGUGGAAGAGGAUGGCCGUAUCUUGGAGUGGGUGAGCUCGUAUACUUGCUGUAAUAGAAGUAUUUGCUCGAGUUUUCCGGGUUGUCCGAGGAAUUGUCACGAGACUCGGCGGUUGUUCGAUGUGUAGUGCGAAGAAGGGAGACCGCGUGUUAGAUUUGUGCUGUGGGAGCGGCGAUCUGGCCUUCCUCUUGUCCGAGAGAGUCGGUCCUGAAGGAGAGGUAUGCCGCCUUGUACACUAUGUGGCAAGUCCUUAUUUCUCUCUCAUUGUGACAUUUUUUUUCUCUUUCUUGUGCUACUUUCAUUGGCAUUCGUAUCAAUUGACCCAGAGUUAUGUGUGCGUUGAGAGUACUGUGAUUGUUUGACACAUGCUAGUUUGCCAUCAAUAGUUGGUUUGUUGCUCAAUUGAAAGUAGUUUGUGUUUUUCACUUACGAUUUUCCAUUUAUGAGCAGUCACAUUCUAGUCAUUUGGCUAUUUUCAACAAGCAUGUGGCCAAUGUGGUUGAUACUGCUUAUUAAUGAGUUCCAGGUUGGAUGUUAAUAGUACUUGUGAAAGUAUUAAGCACUGCAGAAAUAACGAUGGCUCAUACCAUUGUGGGAUACGAAUUUUUAUAGUGGUUUGGUCAACCCUGAACCUACUUUACUCCCCAUACCUUUCUCUAGGCUUCAUCAAGGUACCAAUCAGACGUUUACAUAUAAUAGACUUUCCUAUGAUAUUAAGUCUUCCAGUCUUACUCAGUAGGCAAGAGCUUGUUCAAAGGAAAACAUGACAGCAAAUAGAUUCGUACACUACUUUCUGAUUAUGACUGGGACACCUUGAGAGAGUUGGGAGCAGCAAGUUGAUCAGAUGAAGAACUUGGACCGCCUUUGAGAAUGCAAACACAAGUUGCUUCUUUGUAUAGACGAUUUUUAUUCGCGAAAGCUUGUAUGAAUCCUCUUUUUCUUGUUCUUUUAUUGCCUCACACAUUCCUUGUUGUCUAUUUUAAGAUCUUGCUCCAGAAGAGUCCUGACUGUUGGCACUUGUGGCUUGAAGUUGAGAUCUAGGUUAUAAGUGUCGACUCUCAUGUUUUCUGACUCUUGUUUGCUCUUAAGUAUCAUACUUGGGUCUGGAGGAUUGACACUUUUAAUUCAUUAGCCGGCACUUUUGUUUCUUGACUUCUUUUUUUUUCCUUUAGGUUCAGCACUUUUAAUUUGAAAGUCAGCACUGAUUUGUCUUGACUUCUGUUUUGCUCUAACACAAAACUAGUUUUUUCGAUGCUUUUAGUUCAGGGGGCCAACGCAUGAGUUCUAAUAUAAACUCUAUGCAUAACAUCGCUUAUUUUUUACAUACAUUAUCUAUCACUUUCUCUUUUAACAAAUGAGACAUGAUAUAGCGCAUUAAUCUACAUCACACUCUAUUACUACUUUUAGAAGCCUUUUUGGAAUUAUUUUUCAAAGAAGCUGAAAGGGCGACAGAAUUUACAUAGGAUAAUGGGUAACGUAAGAGAUACUUCAUUUUAACGAUACAAUUGUAUUUUUCUAUGCAGCAGUUUAUCCGUGCUAAGGAACAAGGUUCUAGUGAAUCACCGAAGUAUAUUGUAGCUAUAUCAUUCCAGUUUGAAGUAAUGCAUGGUAUACUAGUACAUCCUUGUCAAGUAAUUAUAAAUUGUAUAUUUUUUUUCUUGGGUUAAGGAUGUUCCUUUAAAUUUGCAAUGGUUCGGAUUCGUCUUUUUGUAAAUAUCUCGAGUUUCGCAUGAGUAUGCUUGGGAAAAAUGAACCAGGGGAAUUGUGAUGUCUGGUACUAGAAAUUCCAAAGUGUGAACUCAUAGGUUAUGCAAUAUUUCGGAAUGCCAGAGAGGCACGUGAUUAAAUUGAGCAUUAUCACCAUUUUCAGGUAACUGGUCUCGACUUCUCAUCAAAGCAGCUGCUGAUCGCUUCAUCUCGUCAAAACUUAUCUGGGAAAGCUUGCCAUAGAAAUAUUACGUGAGCCCUUAUUAACACAAAGGCUCUCGAUGCACCUUGUUUCUUUGAUAAGCCUGGAAGUAGAAGACGCCAUGAUCCUCAUUCAGUUGUUGAAUGCAUGUGACAGUGCAACGUGUCAUGUUGCAAGCCUUAGAAAGUGUUCAGAUCCAUGAAGAUAAAUUUCUUAUGGUGUUUCUCUGUAUCUUUUAUUCUCAAAUAGUACCAAGUCUCUAGGAAAAUCCAGUCAACCAACUAGCUUUUACUUACAUUUUAGAAAGGAAGAAUAUUCAGUUCUUAUUUUUAAUUCAACGAAUGCAGGUGGGUUGAAGGUGAUGCACUUAAUCUCUCAUUCCCUGCAUGUUACUUUGAUGCAAUCACCAUUGGUUAUGGCCUCCGUAAUUUGGUUGACAAACGUAAAGCAAUGGAAGAGAUGUUUCGAGUUCUGAAACCAGGUUUUUUUUCCUCGAUGUCCUUGAUUAGAAUUUGCCAUAUCUAAUAGAAUUAUCUGUACCUGAUCAUUCACAUCUUUUGCAGGCGCAAGAAUAUCAGUUUUAGAUUUUAACAAAAGCACAAGUGCAUUUACUACCAUAUUUCAGGUAUUUGGCUUAUAACUUCAUAUGUGCGCUCUACAUGGUCGAGCAUUUAGUGAUUUUAUGAAUCCUCGAAAAAUGUCGAAGCUCUGGUAUCCUCGUCUAAGAAAUCUGUUUGCAAAGAGAUGGACAUAUAAAGUGGUCGUAUCGUUCCCACUAGAACGGAUCUUCAGUUCUUGUUUUGUAUGCAUACAAUACAACUGUUUUUUUUUUUUUCUCCUCUCUUCAUCUUCUAUUGGUGGCCUUUGACUUUGAUAGUUCAUUGUGUUUCACGGUGUAGCCAACAUGCAGAUAGAUCAGUUUCAAAUAGGUCGAAGUUGUGAUUCAUACCCAACACGCUGUCAUCAUGGUCGAAACCAGUCUAAUCGAUCAAAAUUUCCCGCCGCCUAAAAAUUAUCAGCUGACAUUGCAUCGAGUUAUCUGCAUCUUAAUCUUACAUUGAAAAGGUCAUGGGAUCGUUUUUUAUUGUUGGUGGUCAAUGCACCUCCACAUGCAUUAAAAGCCAUAUUUCAACAGUUUUUUUUUUCCAACCUUCAUUCACUUUUUUUUUUUUUUUUGGCAGGAGUAUAUGAUAGACAAUGUUGUUGUUCCAGUGGCAGGCAGCUACGGUCUCAGUGAGGAUUAUGCAUACCUGAAAUCCUCAAUCCAAGAGUUCUUAACAGGUACUUAAAGCCUCAAUCCUUUUUUGGGGGGUCGAAAUCUCUUAGAUCGAUCAUCAUCAGAAGAAGGAUUAGGCCAAAAAUCAGGAUACAUUCUGGGAAAAUGAAACCUCCAUUGAAAGAAGCAAACGAAACUGUUUCAUAAAAAAAAUCAUAGAAUUAUUAACUGCAUCCAAUCGCCAAAAGGUCCACUUAUUUCACUUUUAUUUAUUUUUGGAAUGGGAUGUAUCUUAUUUACGGAAUCCCCAUGAAUAGGAUCAGAUCUUAUUCCAUGAUAUUUCCAUAAUCUUCCAGGCAAAAUCCCCAUCAGAUAGAGAUUUUAUUUUCUUUCGACCACCUUUCGAUUAUUAAUACGAGAUAAAAGGAUCGAUCAGUACUGCACCUAUGAUCGUGAAAUAUCGAUUGCUCGUUGAAUCCUGUGAACCACGUUAAAGUAGCCUUUUUUUUUUAAAGCAUUCAUUAAGUCUUUGAUAUUGAAAUGCUGAUUUUGUUGGAUAGAACUCCCUCCCAAGAAGCUGGUGUCCCUAGAGUCAACGCGUGCUGUCCUUUUCCUGUAAUAUAUAUAUUUUUAAUGAUUUUGACAAUGUGAAGAAAAAAAGGAAUUUGUUUAUGUCGAAAGAUUGUCAAAUCAUUUUCGGCUCGGGAGUGACAGGUCAGCCUCUUCGUUUCAGGCCAGGAGCUGGAGGAGCUGGCACGUGGCGCUGGAUUCUCCGAUGCUCAGCACUACGAAAUAAGCGGCGGCCUCAUGGGCAACUUGGUGGCCACCCGCUAG